UGCACAAAUCAUGUCUGAUGCGUCUCGAUCGCGCACACAAAUCUCACAUCACAUAAGAACACAGAAACAGACACCGACAGUGUCACCGUAUAUCUAUUAUUAUGUCGGGUGUCGCUCGUCAGAGAAGUCGACUGUGAUGUGAUGUGCGCGUGAAUGUCUCUCACAGACCCACGCUAUGUAAUUAGCAAAGGUGUCUCUGAGUGGAUCUGCACAGAAACACAGACAUCAAGGUCAUGACACAGCGCCAUGCCAUUCAUCUGCAUGUGUGACAUGGCCGACUGUUAUGUAUCUUUGAUGUGUCACUCCAAGGGAGUAAGUGCAUGGAGGACCCCAUUCAUUCGUUCAUUCGUAAUGUCUCGUACAUGUGCGCUUGUGUCCUCCGUCGAGGCAUCAAGCAGAAGAAACACACAUGCUUACCAUCACAUGCAUGCGCAUGGCCGGAAAGAUCGAAAAAUAGACCAUAAAUACAAGCACACAAAACGCACACUGGCGUGUGAUCCAAAAAGCAAGUAAGGGAGGAAGAAAGGGAGCGAGAAAAAGGAAACGAAAAAGAUCUGUACCCACGACCGCCGCUCACGAAAAACAUUCCAAAGUACGACAAGAACGAACACAACACUGAAGACCAAAAAGAUGGAUGGCAAGGCAGCGGCGCACAUGACAGUACAGACCCGUGAAUCGACGGUGUCUCAGCCCCUUCCCUUCUUGCCGGCCUUCCUGCCUUUCUUGCUCAGGCCCAGCUGUUGCACAUAUGGCUCGCGCACUGCUCGAACAUCCUUCGGCCAGCCUGGAUUCACACCAUAUCAAACAACACCACGAAUGGAAACAAAUGGAUAAGUGGCUUCCUUUUCAGUGGGUCCAUCGAGAGUGCUUCAUGCACAUACCGUCCUUGAGGAUGGCCCAUAGCCUGCGAGCAGGAUAGCACCUCCACAUCUCAUACCCAUCUCGCUCAUUCUUCCCGCACAGCUCGUGGGCGCGCAAAGAGAAGCUCCAUCCACCGCUCUUCAAGGUGAAGCCGAGCCCGUUUCGAUAUGUGCACCUGUCCGGCGCAUCGUACACCUGGUCAAUUCUCUUGAGAGGCCGGAACGCUGCACUGAACAGACCCACCCAAGGAGAGUACGGGAGCAAUACGCACGGGUGAUGUGUGUCUGUGUAUGCGCGCGUGUGCGUGUGUACCUACCGUGCUCGCGCUUCAUCCAGUGCUCUCGCAGCGGCCGUGCGGUGGGGCCUCCUUGGUGAACACCCACUUG